GUCAAGCUCCGCGACGCCGGCUACCGCGGCAUCCUCGCGGGAACGCGCAAGACCACCCCCGGAUUCCGCCUGGUGGAGAAGUACGGCAUGCUGGUCGGGGGCGCCGACGCCCACAGGCACGACCUCAGCUCCAUGGUCAUGCUCAAGGACAACCACGUCUGGAGCCGCGGGAGCAUCACCGACGCCGUGCGGGCCGCCAAGGCCGUCGCCGGGUUCAGCGUCAAGGUCGAGGUCGAGGUGCAGAGCGAGGCCGAGGCGGACGAGGCCAUCGCCGCCGGGGCCGACGUGGUGAUGCUGGACAACUUCACGGGCGAUGGCGUCAAGGUGGCCGCGAACAGUCUGAAGACGAGAUGGCAGGGGAAGCACCACUUCCUGCUCGAGGUGUCUGGCGGCUUGAGGGCCGACAACGUGGAGCCAUAUGUGUGCAAUGAUGUUGAUAUCAUCUCAACCAGCUCCAUCCAUCAGGGUGUACCUCAUAUUGACUUUUCGCUAAAAAUUGAGCACUGA